AUGGCAUUGACUGCAGCUGUUGCACGGGCGAACGAGAUCGCGGCGCCUCCACCACCCGGAGCACCCUACAGUGUUGCUGUCGAAGGUAGCGAAGUGUCGGGACGAAGCAAGGUCUACAGGCAUUGGAGAUUCAAGGACGGUUGUCUUCGCUCCCUGGACCCUCAAAUCACGUCUGCCCAUGGCUAUUUCGAGGAGACGGCCAACCGCAUACCCAAUGCCAAAUGUCUCGGACACCGUCCUUACGACGCCAUGACAAAGACUUACGGUCCUUAUGUCUGGGAAACGUAUGCUCAGGUUCAAGAGAGAAGGAAGAACUUUGGUAUCGGUAUGGUGCACCUCCACAGCAAACAUGGAAUCACUGGUAGACAGCACGGUGUCGGUCUCUGGUGUCAAAACCGCCCCGAGUGGCAGAUUGUUGAUCUGGGUUGCAUGUCUCAAGCCUUGUACACUGUCUCCCUUUACGACACUCUGGGCCCCGACACAACCGAGUACAUCAUCAACCACUCACAGCUGGCUGCUGUUGCCUCCUCUUUGAACCAUGUCCCGACCCUGCUCAAGCUUGCCUCUCGCUGCCCCACGCUCAAGAUCAUCGUCUCGCUCGACCCUCUGACUUCGGGCUCCGAACUACCUGGAACUUCCAAAGCCGACAUUCUUAACGCUCUGGCUUCUGAAGCUGGUAUCCAGGUCAUCUACAUCCGCGAUGUCGAGGCUAUGGGUGCGGCCAACCCCCGCCCCUACAACGUUCCCCAGCCCGAAGACAUCGUCACCAUCAACUACACUUCCGGUACAACUGGUCCACCCAAGGGUGUUGUUCUGACACACGGAAACGCAGUUGCUGCCGCCUCGUCUUCCAUGACUCUGGUCGACAUGAAAACCAACGAUGUCAUGUGCUCUUAUCUACCUCUGGCUCAUAUUUACGAGCGCGUCACCGAGGGCUGUGCUCUCUGGGCUGGCAGUGCUAUUGGUUACUUCCACGGCAACAUCGUGGAACUCGUUGACGACUUCAAGCUACUCCGACCCACCAGCUUGAUCAGUGUACCUCGCCUAUUCAAUCGUUUCGGUGGUGCCAUCAAGACGGCCACCGUCGAAUCAUCUGGCGUCAAAGGAGCCCUUUCGAGACACGUCGUCUCGACCAAGUUAGCAACCCUGAACAAUCCUGAUCCUAAGCAGGCUACAAACAAGCAUGCUUUCUACGACCGUAUUUGGGGCAAGAAGGUCACUUCUCAACUCGGCUUGGAUCGUGUCAGAGCCAUGGUGUCUGGUUCCGCUCCUAUUGACCCGUCCCUGCAGCAGUUUUUGCGAGUGGUUUUCGGAAACAACUUCAUGCAAGGUUAUGGUCUCACCGAGACAUACGCUAUUGCCUGUUCUCAGAUUGAUGGCGACAUGACAGCCGGCAAUUGCGGUGCAGUCAUGCCUACCUCAGAACUGUGUCUUAUGGAUGUGCCAGACAUGGAGUAUUUCGCUUCCGACAAACCAUACCCUCGUGGUGAGCUCCUGGUUCGCGGACCGACCGUGUUCAGAGAGUACCUCAAGAACCCAGAGGAGACGGAAAAAGCACUUCUCCCAGACGGCUGGUUCCGCACCGGCGACAUCUGUUCAGUGGACGAGCUCGGUCGUUUCAAGAUCAUCGAUCGCAGAAAGAACGUUCUCAAGCUGGCCCAGGGUGAGUACAUCUCACCGGAGCGCAUCGAGAAUGUCUACCUUGGCAACACAACCUGGUUCGCGCAAGCAUACGUACAUGGAGACAGUGAUAGAGCUUUCCUGGUUGCCAUUUUCGGUAUCCAGCCCGACACAUUUGCACCUUUUGCAAGCAAGGUGCUCGGUAAGCAACUAGGCGCAACAGAUCUCAAGGCCUUGGAGGCUGCAGCUCAGGACGUCAAGAUCCGUCAUGCCGUCCUCAAGGAGCUUGACAAGAUUGGCAAGAAGAACAAAUUCAACAGUUACGAGAGAGUGCGUAACGUAAGACUGAUGGUCGAGCCUUUCACUGUCGACAAUGAACUUCUCACACCUACACUCAAGCUCAAGAGACCUCAGACCGCGAAGAAGUACCGCGCUGCCAUCGAUGAGAUGUAUACUGAGGCUGAGGCACAGAGCAGUGCCAGAGCCAAGCUGUAG